CUCAAAACGUGAAUUCGAAUGCACUCAAACAAGACAGACCCAAACAGAUAUUCGCCCUCGCAAUAAAUCGUAAAAUCUCUUACCAUGUUACAUAUUCUUCGUCAGCCGUGCAGAAAAGCUCACACCGUUCGUAUCGCAUCGCCACAGCCAUGUUCCCUGCAGCUGAAGUGGCCAUUGCUGUAACCCCACCUCACUCCAGGCUCCGUGAAAUAAUUCAAUAACCUCGCAACAACCAAACGUAUUUGCUUGGAAACGGCGAUGGAGUCGGAGAAGAGAGGUAUGGAUCUAGAAAAGGAGUUGACGUGCUCGAUAUGUACGGAAGUCCUCUACCAACCUCUCACUCUGCUCGAUUGUCUGCAUACCUUCUGCGGCUCCUGCCUGAAAGAAUGGUUCAGCUGGCAGCUCACAGCUGCGCGCAAUAACCCGAAUUCGCUGCCGCAGGGAACGACGCCGUAUACGUGUCCGUCGUGUCGCGCACCGGUGAGGGACACGAAGCAUAAUGCGACAGUGACGACGUUGGUGGAUAUGAUCGUGGCGGCGAGUCCGGAGAAGGGCAAGACGGAGGAGGAGAAGGAAGAGUUGAAGAGCAAAUAUACCCCGGGAGAGAAUGUGCUGCCGAAAGUGGAGGAGAGGGAGAAGAGUUUGAGGGAGAGGAGGGUCGAGGAUGCGGAUAGGAGGCUGGUGAAUGAGGUUAGGGAUCUCAGCUUGAGGGAGGUGGGAGUGGAAACUCCUGAAGCUAGGAGAGAGCGGAGGAGGAGGGAGGCAAGUCGAUCGGAAGGGACGAGAGCACCGAGAAGUAGAGACGCCAGCAGGGACAGCAGGAAUACGGAUGAGAGGGAGCGUGAACGGCGGCGGCGGAGAGAGACUGAGUCUGAUCGUAGGCUUGCUGGAAGCAGCAAUGGGACAUUACAGCCAGAAUCAGAGUCUACAGAGGAUCGACGGCGGAGACGAAGUGCUGAGAGACGAGCGAGGCAUGAGCAAGAGAAUCGCACAGCGGCAAGGCAAAUCGAGCACCAAUCUUCAUUACGAUCGCUCAUUAGUGCGUCGGACGUUGAUUCACGCGAAAUGGAAGAGGAGAUUCUACGCCAGAUCCGGGAAGAAGGACUUCUUGAUGGUAUCGAUUUGGAGAAUAUCGAUGUUAGUGAGCAGGACCAAAUCAGUGAGAGAAUAGCUGAAGCUUUCCGGAGACGGCAGAGUGAAAGAGCCAGACAGGAGCCAGCACGGAGAAGCAACACUAGUGCUACCAGCGCUGUGAGCGCCGCGAGUGCCAUGAGUACUGCAGGUGCUGUGGGUGGGCAACCAAGAAGGACUCAUUCAUCUGCUCCUGACUCACGAGAAAAUUCUGGAGACGAUAGUGGUCGACCUUCCUCCAGGAGACAGAGAGCACAUUCCCGAACACCAAGUUCAGUGAGCCAAGAUCAACCAAGCAGACCUCCACAGUCGAUAAGUGCUCUUCAGGCAGCUCAUCUUGAGGUCCAGUCCGGAGACGAAGGGCAUAGAAGGCGGCGCACGAGUAGCAAUAGCCGAAGUUCGACGACGCCAGUCCCAGUAGCGGAGAGUCAGGCAAGGCCAGCAGCCAGAUCACAAACAGAUCUGAGCGAUAGACCACAGUCUGCAACUUUCCCAUCAACUCGACCAUCUGUAUCAGCAACGACUAGAAGUACUACCGACCCAGUAGUGACCCAAGUAGCCGAUGUACCCGCUCCUCAAUCGCGAUCACGAGCUUCAUCAAACUCUAGCCCUCGGCUCAGAUCAGCCGCCAGAAUGGAAGAUGUUUCUACGUCUGCAAAUAGGACAGAACGAAAGACUCGUGCCCCUCCAGAGAACAUAUUCGUACCAGCUGCAGGCCCUUCAGCUGUCUCGUCUCCUGUUACUGAUCAGUCCUUAAUGCCUGCACCUUUAUCUCCAAGAGUCCCUCAAACAAGCUCGUUGUCAGAUCGAGCAUUUGCUCUAUCCAGUGGUACAAGACCAACCUCUUCUGGUUCUGUUGCAUCGAGAAAUCGAUCGCACUUGUACCCAGAGCCAUCCAUAACAUGUAAUCGCUGUUCAAAACCUCAUAUUGAGUACGAAAUGCACUACAAUUGCAGUCUCUGCCACAAUGGCAAUUGGAACAUAUGCCUCGCAUGCUAUCGAUCUGGACUAGGAUGUCUACAUUGGUAUGGUUUCGGCCAAUCUGUGUGGGCUAAGUGGGAGAAACUCAGCCAAGGAGGUGAGGCCGUAGAACGACCUCAUAUGCUUACUGGAAGUCGAUACCUAGCACCAAGGAUAGCACCUGGGGGUGCCGAUGGCAGAAGAACACUUACCACAGAAGAUCCCCAGAAGCGACUGCAGAGCGGGACCUUUUGUGCAAGUUGUUUGGCUUGGACUAACGAAUGCUAUUGGCGAUGUGAUCUUUGCAAUGAAGGCGAUUGGGGUUUUUGCAAUAUUUGCGUCAACCAGGGCAAGUCUUGCACGCAUGCACUGCUUCCUUUAACAUACAAACCAGCUGAGACCAAUACGCCACCUCUAUCACCAACUCAUGAUCAGAAAACUCCACCUUCAGCAUCGAUUCUCACCGGUCCUGGUGUCAUGGAUAUUGGGCCGUUCAAGCCUCUCACUUUCUCAACUAAGUGUGAUAUUUGCCACUAUCCGAUUCAACCUUCUCAAAGUCGCUAUCAUUGCUUCUACUGUGUAAGCAAAGUGCCAAAUACUCUUCCGGGAGACUACGACAUUUGUACAACUUGUUACCCGAAGCUUGUUGCAUCUCGACGGAUCAGCGCUGAAAAUGGCCAUAACGGCUGGCGUCGAUGUCUUCAAGGGCAUCGCAUGAUCAUUGUGGGCUUCGAGGACAAUCGUGGUGGUCAGCGACGAGUCAUCGUACAAGAUCUGGUCGGUGGUCGAGGACUAUCCGAGCAGGCAUGUUCAUUUAGAGAUCACUCCGGAGCAGAGCUCCAGAAGUGGACAUGGGGCGACGGCGUGCACAUUCGAGGUGACGAUACGCAUGCCAAGCUUGUCACCACAGAUGUCAUGAAAACAGCUCCUUCUACAGCUCCAGAUAUGGCCUUGGACUCGACGUUCCCGCCAGAUGGAGGCGUGGGUAUGCUCGCUGUAGCACUCUGGCCAUGGUGGCCUGCUCCAGACGCCGACGACGAAUUGAUGUUCCCCAAAGGUGCGGAAGUCAAGGAGUGCAAGAACGUCAACGAUGAUUGGUGGCAUGGAACGUACAUGGGGAAGAGAGGUCUAUUUCCUGCUCCGUAUGUUAAGACGUUGGAUGCAAAUAUGUGAUAUAUGGUGUGGAUGGAUGGAUAUACAAAAUUUGUGGAUAUGAGGAAAACGAAUUUAUGCGAUGAUUGAUGAUUUUAUGAGGGCUGAGACGAAUGUUGGGAUAUAGUUGAGCGAGUUUCUUGAUUGCAUAGCGUACGUAUAGUAGGAUCUGAGCCACAGUCUGGCAGAUGAAUUUGAAGCGUAUUUGUCUUUUCUCAAUUAUCGAACACUACGGAG